CGGAGGAGAGAGCUCCGCACAGCGAGAGGCUUCCAGAGCAAACACACCACCAUGUCUCUGUACCGCAACUCUGCCUGGUUCCUGAAGGGAGUGACCGAGUUCACCAGGAGUGCCUUUCUGACGGCCUCCAAGAGGUUUGUGGAGAAGGACCUGGAGGUGUCCUUGGCCGGACGCGCCUUCAUGAUAACGGGAGCCAACAGCGGCAUCGGGAAAGCAACCGCCAUGGCCAUCGCCAAGAAAGGUGGAACGAUCCACAUGGUGUGCAGGAACAAGGACAAGGCCGAGGAGGCGAGGGCUGAUAUCGUCAAAGAGACCGGAAAUAAAGAGGUGUACGUCCACAUUCUGGACCUUUCUGAGACCAGGAAGGUCGGGGAGUUUGCUGAGGGCUUCAAGAGGAAGUACAAGGCCCUCAAUGUACUGAUCAAUAACGCGGGCGCCAUCAUGAGUCAAAGGGACGUGAACGCUGAGGGGCUCGAGAAGAGCUUCGCCUCCAACGUCCUCGGGGUUUACAUUCUCACCAAGAGUCUCAUUCCCUUGCUGGAGAAGAGCGCAGAUCCCAGAGUGAUCACAGUGUCUUCAGGAGGAAUGUUGGUGCAGAAGCUCAGGACGGGGAACCUGCAGUCUGAGAGGGGCCGCUAUGACGGCACCAUGGUCUACGCCCAGCACAAAAGGCAGCAGGUGGUGAUGACAGAGCAGCUGGCAAAGACUCACACUAACAUCCACUUCUCCGUCAUGCAUCCCGGCUGGGUCGACACUCCAGCGGUGGCCAAUGCCAUGCCAGACUUCCAUCGCUCCAUGAAGGACAGCCUGCGGGCCCCAGAGCAGGGGGCCGACACCGUGGUGUGGCUGUCCGUCUCUGAGGCUGCAACCACCAACCCCAACGGCCUUUUCUACCAAGACCGAAAGAUGGUGUCCACCCACCUGCCGCUGGCCUGGACCCACAGCUCCCCCCUGGAGGAGCAGAAGUUAAUGUCUCUGCUGGAGGACUUGGCCAAGACGUUUCAGCCCCACUGAGUCAACACUAACACCUUCUGUUCACACCCAUCAUCCCUCUGAUGAUUUAAUACACUGCAGUGAGUGAGGCCUGGGUCUGCUCUAUACGAGGGCGUUAACUCUACCCGUGGUCGCCGGAAUAAAACGGGACGAAAUGUGAAGUUAUGCUGUGAAACCCAGACCAAACUCACCUAUACCGGAGGGAUGAGCGACGUCUAUAACGCUUUAGAACUAUUUAUACGAUAACACAUUUUCUUAUUUUACUUUAUAAGGAUUUAAGAAAAUGACUACCAGUGUUUGAUAGUGAUGCUGCCUUUAAAUGACAUUAUCCUGCUGAUGGAGAGAACACCUUCAUAAAACAAACCAGUCCGUUACUGUGACUUUAAGAAAGUUGUCAAUCAGAUGGGAAUCUGAUGUGACCAAAGUCACUCACACGGGCUGCAUUAUUAUUAUUAAUAAUUCAGCUAUGGGUUCAAUCUGUCGUGCAAAGUGAUUUUUAUUUAAUAUCUACAAGUAACGCGUGUGCUGCUGAUGUUGUGCAGGUUGAGCUCAGGCUGAAGUGCUCUCUCUAUUAGCUGUGUGCCUUUUUAAAACACCACACGGCUUUGACAUGUGCAAUAAAACUAAACUGUAUUUACGACUCUAAUAACUGCCGAGCACCUUAAAAAAAUAAAUUUUACUGACUGGGAGUUCAUCUUGUAAAUGCCCGCUUGAAUAAAGAAAAUUACUGAUUGUG